UCUGGUUGGAAAGACUGUUCCUUGGAAAAGAUUGGCAGCACUCCAAAACCCAAACAUGACUGAACAAAAUAAAGAGGUCCGGAUUGUUCUGGUUGGGAAGAUUGGUUCUGGGAAGAGCGCAACAGGAAACGCCAUCCUGGGGAGAAAAGCGUUUGAAUCCAAAAUGUCCUCUAUUUCUGUGACAUCCUCAAGUAAAAAGAAAAGAGGAAAUGUGGGAGGGCAACAUGUAGCUGUCAUCGACACACCAGGCUUGUUUGACACCAAGUUAACACAGGAGGAAGCACUGAAAGAGAUCUCACAGUGCCUGCUAUUCUCCGCUCCUGGUCCCCAUGUGUUCCUGGUUGUUCUCAAGCUGGGAGGAUUCACUGAAGAGCAGCAGGAAAUUGUGAAGAUGAUCCAGACAUUAUUUGGUGAUGAAGCAUCGAAAUACACCAUGGUUGUCUUCACACAUGGAGACCUUCUUGAUGAUGUAACAAUUGAAGACUUCCUGCAUGGAAAUCCCAAACUGGAAAGUUUCAUUACCAAAUGUAACGGGGGAUAUCAUGUCUUCAAAAACAAAGAUCAGAAUCCCUCCCAGGUCACUGAGCUCCUUGAGAAGAUAAACAAGAUGGUGAAGAUGAAUGGAGGAAGCCACUACACCACUGAGAUGUUCCAGGAGGCUGAGAGAGUGAUUGAAGAAGAGAAGAACAGGAUCUUGAGAGAGAAUGAAGAGAAGAUACACAAAGAGAGGGAAGAACUGAAGGCAAAGUUUGAAGGAGUGUGUCUAAGAGAAGAAGUAGAGAAGCUGGGGAUAAAACAGGAAAGAAAAGCUAGAAAGAAUGCUGAGAAAUUUAGCAAAAUGGGAACAGGUGCUACAAUCGGAGCGGCUUUGGGAACAUUUGGAGGCCCAGUUGGUAUGUCAGUUGGUGCAGCAAUGGGAGUUGCAGUGGGAGCUGGAGCAUGCAGUACUCAAUGAGAGUCCGUAGAUAACAGUGCUGUACCUUCUACAAGUUGUUUGACUUCAUUACUUGAUAUUGAAAGCUUCCUCUAUAUACACAGAGCAAACACAACAUAUGUUAUUGUAGCCUACAUUAAAAAUGAUACUCAGGGGGUUGAUGAACACAUAUUUAGCUGUUUUUGUUAUAAUGUUUUACUGAUCACAAGAAAAGGUUGUUGUAUUGAGGUAGAUUUUAUUAGGAGUAACAGACACCUGCAAAAGAUGGGGGGCACUCACUAAUAAAGUAUUACUUAUAUGUAUUAUUAACACUCACUAAUAAAGUAUUACUUAGAUGUAUUGUUAACACUCACUAAUGAAGUAUUACUUAUAUGUAUUAUUAACACUCACUAAUGAAGUAUUACUUAGAUGUAUUAUUAACACUC